AUGUUCGAGGGGCUGGUGAAGAGGCUCCUGGACACAUACCUCGCGCCGUAUGUGGACGGGAUCACGCAGAACCUACAACUAGCUGUGUGGUCGGGGAACAUCGUGCUCGAGAACCUGACGCUCAAGACCGACAUCACCGAGAAGCUCGCCCUGCCCUUCGAUGUGCAUUUCGGGAAGAUCGGACGGCUGAGCCUUACCAUACCAUGGGCCAGCCUCGGAGCGACGCCCGUCAAGGUGCUCGUGGACUCCAUCUACGUCUGCAUCGGCGGAAUCGAUAGGAACAAGACGGACGAGGAGCUCCGCAACUACGUGCGACUGGCCAAGGAGAAACUUGUUGGCAUGCUAGAGAAUGAGUACAGCGCCUUUCUCAACAGUUUGAACCAGAGGGGCAAUUCCACGUCUUCGUACCUCAUUAGAUUGUCGCAGAAAGUCCUCAACAACAUACAGAUAGACUUCACCAACAUACACCUGCACUGCUCGGACACGCGGCAUGCCUUCGGGUUCAUCAUCGACUCCAUCUCGGUGCGGAAGUUCCGCAAAGAGGACGGUAAGGAAGUGCUCAAGGUAGAUACCAGCGACACGGUAAAGGAGGAACGCGUGACGCACGUAUGCUCCCUACUGGGUUUCUCUGUAUACGAGCUACCACCUAACGCCUCUGACACGGACGAGGAUGACACCAAAAAAUCCAGUCAUGGUAGGGCAGUGAAUAGUGAAGGACGCACCGCUGAAGACGUGGAGAACGUUGCCGAAGGAAACGUAAAACGUGAUUCUGAUGCGCCCUCAGAUGUUGAUCCUUCAGGUGGCUCUGGCGACACUGCGUCGCCAGGCGUCAAUAACGCAGAGCAUCAGACAGAUGAUGCACAUACCAUCGAAAAUGCAAGUAGAAUGCAGCGAGCUGAAAGUAUGCUCCAGAAAUUCUCGUCGGGGAUGCUGGAUUGCAAUUUCUUGUUGGACAAGCUUUCCUUCCGUCUGUUCCUGGCAAUCAAUGUGAAGAACAAGUCUAUCUUCGCGUCACUGAGCGUCGGGGCGCAGGACUCUUCGGACGGCGCAGAUUCGUCUGUACCUGACUCCCUACGCGUGGUACUGUCCGUGGAGAGCCUUCGGGCUUUUGUGGCCAUGUGGAAUGAUUUCGUGAGCGAGCAUGAGCGCAGUGAAAGGUUGCUGAUGGAAAAGGCAUACACUGUAGAUCAGACGCCGGAGGGCAUGAAGGGGAUAACGCGUACAGAGUACAUCACCUUGUACGCGAAAAAGAUCAACGCACUUCACUCCGGCGGCGAACCACUCUCCGCCUUAGAGGAAGAGCGGUUGUCCAUUCUUACCGACGUCUUGCCUGCAAGGCACCUAGCUCGUUGGCGUUUUGCAUCUCAUAAGCUGACGGCUGGGGCUGCUGCGACUGAGUCUGCUAACAAGGCUCCCGCAAAGGAUUCUCGUGAACCAGAGCCGACUUCACCGAAGCCCGCAACUACCACAUGGUUCGGGUGGCUCAGAGGCGUAUCCUCAUCGAGUAAAAUGCAAAGCGUGUCCACACCUACUGUGGAUGAAGUGAAGCCGCCUGAUACAGUUGUCAAGGAUGGUAAAGCUGCUGAACGAGAACCGCCGACUGAUGCGGGAGGCAAGACUGAUGUUCUGGCCGAAGAUAACUCUGAAACCGCAAAAGGCGAACAUCGAACUCCGCUUUCUAGUGAUGCUGAAAGUAUCCCGGUUUCGGCAAGGGAUGCGGUGAACCCGGUAGACGGAAUGGUAUCGGAUGCACCUUAUGAACCCCCUGAUGGUGUGCCGGUUUUCGUAGAUUCCAGAUCCUCCGAGUUACAGAGUAGUGCGAUGUAUCAGGAUUCUGUGGGAGGCGCCACUAUGAGUGACUCUAACCAGGUGGAGUAUCUUCCAGGUGGGCUUGUGUUGACGGGUAAGGAGGUGGAGCAGCUCAUGGACGCCAUGGCCCUCGGUGAGAUGUUCGAAGAUUCAAUGGCCACCAGCAACUACUACUUCGAGUGUGCGUUUCCGCACUUCGAUUUCGUUGUUGAUGUUGGCGGACUUACUGGCGCGCCGCAGGACUCGCUCUCAGUGUCCACAGGUAACCUACAGCUGCAGGUAUACCUGAACGCUGCUGUUGACACAAGUGACCGUGAUACUUACAACGCUUCUCUCUACGUGAAUUUGGACUCGUUCGAUGUGCGUUACAAGAAUCGGGUAAUCAUGGCAUUUAUCAAGUCGGAGGAUGCUUCCUCAACGGAUGAGGAGGCGGACGUUGAUGAAGCCCAGUAUGAGCCGGCCCCGGUUGCGGACAGCUUCGCUAUUGACUUGCGAGUGGUGCAUAAAGUCACCAAUCAGGGCAAUCUUUUGACGGUGACUGGCGAAUUGAAGCCCAUGGAGACGCACCUCAUCCCCGUGGUGAUAUCGGAGUUCAUCGAGAUGCUGGUCUAUAUCCAACCGAAUGCCACACGACGCACGACCUACACCAUACCGCCAAGUGUUGUUGAUGCGUGCAAAACGCCACGCACGGUGCUGGACAACAUCAGCAUGGAUUCAUCCGUGGAUGAUGAGAUGUGGGCUGCGGAGCGCAAUGCGGCUCGCAUGGCAGUCGACCACUUGCCUGCGCUGUUCGCCUUUGACAUCAAGUUUGCGGCACCUAUCCUGAUGCUGUACAAUGGUGAAGGCGACCGUAUGAAUUUGCGUUUCGGUACGCUCAAUCUGAAGACCAACGGUCCGUGUCCAUUGUCGAACAUGUCAGGCACCAUCGAGUUGAAGGAAACGCAAGUGAGCUGUUUACGCCGAACUGCCGGUCAGAACCAGUGGUACAAUUUCCUGCGGCCGCUGCCGGUGAAGAUACACUACGAUUGCGACUUAAUGGCCAGAAACCUCAACCUCGAUGUCAUCUUCGAGGAGCUCUUCAUGCAGAGCACACCCAUUGACACUGCAGUUCUUUCGUGCGUGCCAGCGGAGAUAGUGGCGUGCUUAAUGGGGGCAAGAGCGUCCUUACGUCGUAACCGCGAAGUGAAACCCACCGUUGAGGUGGAGCCGACGAAAAGAGCUCUCGAUAAAAUACCCUUCAACGUCAAGGCCAUGAUCAUAUUCCGGCACUCCGGUUUUGCCGUGUCAAAUACGGAUGGGUGCGAUGUCUUCAGGUUGGAGGUGCACAAUGUGUCACUGGAGUUGGAGCUGUCACGAAGCAGUUUCCGUGCUGUGCUGGGGCUGGAGCGGGUCAUGGUGUCGAACCCUGCCAUGGACAUGCCUCUGUUCUUCACGCAUCUCGACUCAGUGCCUGCCGGUCGUUCUGGUUGGUUUAACGACGAUGAGGACAACGAGUUUGAGGAUGCACUGGAAGAGACCGCGAAGUCGCUGCAAGUUGAAAUAAGCAGCAACGAAUCCUUCCAGUACCGCGUCAAUGCCACCAUAACCGAGAUGGAAGGCAACUGGCAGCAUUCCAGCGUUAAAUUGAUCAUCGACACCAUUGAAGACUACAAGCAGUUAUACAUGGCCAAGGUGCUUAACCCACACGACAAACCGCAAGAUGGUGAUUUGCCGAGUGAAGCUCCAGAACCGACCACAGCUGAUGUGCAUGGCUCUGCACCUAAUACCCCCAUCGCGAAGCCGCUAUCGCCCGGAGGUGAACCUUUGCAUAUUCCGAUCUUAGGUGAAGAAGUGUCACCAGCUCUAUCAGACACGGAUGCGAUGUACAGAUUUAAUUCAGCGUUGAUACGCGGCGAAACCGUGGCGUACCCCACUGAUGGUUAUGUAUGGAGAGAGGUUGAGGAUUGUAACAUAGACUUGAAAGAACUUCCGACACUGUUGUCGGAGAAGGAACGACAUGAACACAAGGCGUUGAUCACGGUGUCCAUAAAGGGUGCCGCUGUUGUAUUUUGGAACACUGACAGUCAGGUCGAAGCUCGGUUGAGUGUAAGUGGUAUCGGGUACAAGCUGUUGAAAUAUGGCAACGGUGAAUCCAUAUCGAAUUUGGAAAUACGUACCGGGGAACUGACUUACGGUGGCCGAUGCCUUUUGUCAUACACUGACACUAAGACUCUGGAAGAAGGUUCAAAUACCGAUGACCCUCCCAUUUCUGACAAACCCCUCAUGACACUGCGUUGGAAAAUGUAUGAUAGCGCUAAACUGGGAGUGCCUUAUUCCAUGUGUAUGAGGGGAGCUCUGGAACGUAUCGUGUUUGUCUAUUUCCAGCAGGAUAUUGUGAGGCUUAUGGACUACCUUGACGAUGGUAUUUUGAGUGUCUUCAUCUCAAGGUCGUACCACAAGGUUGUACAGGUUGCGGCAUCUACGCAUAUGUUCUAUAGUUUCUCAGUGGCGUCGCCUUGCUUCUUAAUUCCAGAGAACAAAGCGAUACUGCCGACUCAUGGCAAGGACACUGUGGCCCCCGGUUCCACGCUACCGAAUAACAUAUCACGCGCCAAUACCACACGCAUAUGCGUGCCAGUCGACACUGGCGAUGAAUUCUGUGGCCAAAUGGCGAAACGAUUGAGCGGUAUUGUGGAUACUUGGUACUUCGGAUCCUACCUGCUGUUCGAGUUGGGGCACCUGUACUUUCGAAAUGGGUACACUCAGCGCGAGGAUAUUUCUCGUAAGUCUACCAUCUACCUCAAAAUGUUGGGAACGCGGGCAUCAAUCAUCGAGCAAACUGACGGUUCCGCUGAUGUGAUGGGGAAGAUACUCCAGUCGACGGAUCUUGCCGUCUGCUACAUCGGUGGUGGCAUGUUGGAACUAGGCAUUGAUUCUGACGCGUGGGUCCUUAAAUUAACGCGGAAACAACUGUCGUUCAUCAUCGACGUCUUCAACGAGAAUAUAUGCGGUUCAUCUUACAAGACUAAAAGUCACGUGAAUGUGUCCAGUUCUACAAAACCGCCAUUCCGGUGUGGCAUCCGUCUAUCAUUGAACCGCUUCGAAUUUGAUACGUUGUUUGCUCCGGAGAAGCCUCUAGCCAGCUUGAAAUUUGAUGGUAUCACGGUAUGUCUCAACUUCGGAGUGGAUACUGCCCGCAUGACGUCGUGUUACCAGUUCGGACUCUGCGGUAAGACACUGACGGUUGACGACGAGCGGCGUGAUUCGGUGAACGUCCAUCGCCGCUUGUUGCACUGUUUUGUGCAUGACGGAGAUGCGGCAUCGUCAGACCUUGAUGAUGACGCACGUGCCAUGGAACCAAGUGUGACUCGCCUUUUACAUAAUUGGCUGCGCCAGUACAAGAACAGCACGGGACAUGACUUCUUCAGUAAUGCGUCAUCGGCAGAUAUUUAUGGCAUAAAGGUGGUUGUUGUGAACGAGAAUAAUCAGACCUGCGUGGAUUGUAUGGUGGCUAACGCUGACAUCUCCUUGUUAUGCAUUCAUGCCAUGGACCUUCUGAGGUAUUUCACCUUGUCGUACAGCAGCAGCUCGAUGGCACUGUGCCCCAAACAAUCGCAUUCCACGCAAACUGUGUCUAACGCAAAGAUCUACACCUUCAUUUUCAAGGCCACUAAUGGGAAGUUCAUUGCCUUCACGAGGAUGGAUUCAACAAGCUAUCCGCAGCUGGAACUCAGUACCGAUUUCUUCCUGGAAAUGACACUGCAAAACGGUUCAUUUAACUUUUUGAAAGUUGAUGUGCUGGGUUGCAAGUUGGAACGUGUCUACCCCGUCACUGCCAAUCGGCAGGUUUUGUGUAGUUGCCUCGAGGUCUACGGAAGCGGACAGUACGUGAGUGAGCCGCAGGGCUACAAGAUGUUCUUCAACUUCACGAUUCCGCCGUCCAACCUCACGCUGUACACGAAGGAUUUGAGUGUCAUCUUGGCAGCUGUGGCUGCCGUCUUGACGGAUGGGCCUUCAGCCGCACCGCCCAAGGAUGAAAGUGAUUCGAACGUAGACGGUGUCGGCACGCCGGGGCGGUUCAUUUCGGUCAGUUUCAACGUCAAGGGGAUCAAGAUCACAUUUUUCGACGAUAUGCGCAAGUGCCUGAUACCCAUGAUGCGUCUGUCGGUGGCAAGUGAGAACAUCGAGUACAUGAGCCUUCCUAUAGAAAAGCGGUACACGGUCGUGCGAUGCUCAACCCGUCUGGAAUACUUCAACGCCAUCAUUGGUGAUUGGGAACCUUGCCUGGAGCGUUGUAACUGCAGUCUUGAAUACACCAACAACAUAGGAACUGAUCGCAGGGGGCGCAGGCAAGGUAGAAUUCUGCGGCCUGGCAGUGAGGAUGAGUGGAAGGAUUUCAUUCCCAACAAGGUGCUGAAAGUAUCCAGUGCCCACAACAUCCUCAUAAACAUUACUCCAAGUCUCUGCCAGCUCUUGCUGUGGUUUAUUCCUAUGUUGACGAACAACAUCCAGCGUGGUUUGGUGUAUACGGAUACGGUUGAGGAAGAGGCUGACCCGCAGGUGGAGAACAGUGCCUAUCGGUAUGUCAACUUAACGGGUCAUGACUACUACGUGUUUGCUUUGCAAAGCACCGGCGAUUCUACAGGUGGCAUCAAGGGCCUCCGUGUUGUAGAAAAGUCGUGCGUUCCUCAAGAGUUGGAUUCCGUAGUGAGCUUCGUGAGCACCGACAACAGUAGCAGCGCGUGCAUCUACGUGCUCGCGUGCCCGCCCCCCGCUCAGGUCACUGCAAUUUGUAAUGAGCUGGGUAUAGAAAACCGUGAGCCCAUCAUCCGUGACUUGAUGGUGACGCGCAGCGCCGCUAAAACACGGGCAAAUAUGAUCCAUAGCAGAUCAUAUUUGCCGUCAAGUUACGCGGUGCCCUUCGAAAAUGGCACUGUAGCAUCUAUGGUGCCGUUGGCGCGUAACUGUUGCGUUUCUCUCAAAAGCCCUAUCGAAGACCUUGCAGGUCUCUACAACAAAAACACGCUGAUCUGCGAAGUCAAGAGCCCUCACCCAUCGCACAAGCUGCUCAUGUUCACCUCCACGGUGCGAGUAUACAACAGGAGCGGCAUGCCGUUGCUGUUGUGUUUCCUCGAUCAAAAGAUGAACGUUAUGUCGGUGUCCAGCCUUAAAACGCGUGGCGCACCAAUAUCGAUUCUUGACAAGGGUGGUCCUACCGGUGAUGAGUUUGGAGAGACCACGACGGUUCAUUUCCCCGAGUCUAACGUGAACUAUUUGCGUUUACAACAGGAAGAGGUGGGGUACACGAUGCUGCUUGAACACAACCAUUUCGCUUCUGUGCCUGAGUGCGUUUUCCAAGGCCCCGCGCAUGCUGUGAUGAGCUUCUUGCCGGCACCACUGGCGAUGAACCGUCCCUUCAUGGAGGCAUUUUUCGACCGUGCCAAACGUCAGGAUGGGUCACGUGCUGAGGCGUGGAUGAAACUAUCCAACACUAGCGGAUGGUCCAAGCUCAUCGACAGUUCGCGCCACAUGGGUACACGUGUCCGGCAGUGCUAUUGUCCCGGGUUCACCAAGUCAAGCUUCCUGUACUACGUGGUCUCGGUGGUGAAACGUCGAAGUGCCUUCCCGGCCAAUAUCGAAAUGCGUGAUAUUGUUAUCUACCCCGCCUUGAGUGUAAUGAACACGCUGCCAAUGGAGAUUGAUGUCUGCUUGGGGGCAAAUGACCGGGUUUCUGAGGACAGCACCUCUAGCUCGAAGAAGACAGGCAACUACAUAGAGGAGUCCCUUACACUGUUGCGUGAGUCCAUCACCCACAUCUACUCACUGCCGCCGAACGAAUCUUUGAGCUUCAUGGCUAAGAUAUGCUACAGCGGAUCAAAUGUGUGGUCUGAUCGUAUUACCAAGAUAUACGGUACAUCGGAAACGCACACGAUGCUGAACCUUCCGAUUAAGGGCAUGGCACCUGUGGAAGUAGAGCUCAUCCGCUACCCUGGCGGCCUGCCGGCUUCCUCUACAUCUUUCCAGGGGCAUCUGAGCUUGAUUAUCAACGCGCCCUGGUGGUUCAUCGAUCGCACUGGUCUGGGAAUAUCGUUCCAGAAGCGUCUCCCGCGUGCUGUUAUGCGUGGGCUCUCCUUCUUGUCGUCGGAGAACCAGGACGACACGUUACACUUGUGCGUCAACAGAAAGGCGAUAGACAAGGUGGAGAGCAACGUUAGAAUGCCCGCGGUUGGCGGUUAUUCGUAUACCAUCGUGGAGAGUGGCGGAAAGCGUCAUUCUGUGUGUCUGGUGACGGAGAAAAUAAGCAUAAGUGGACUAUCGAACCAUGUGACAUGCCGUAUAACGUCAGCGAUUCCAAGCUUCGUGUUCACCAACAACCUCAAAAGCUCCAUCUCAAUUCGCAAGGAUUCGCGUGCCCCGCCUAUGAUCGUGGAGAGUGGCCAGAGUGUGGCUGUGCCGUGGGUGCUUUCAAAGACAGUGGCCGAUCCCACGAGCGUUGUUUCCAAUGUGGCGCCAAUAGAGUUCAAAGUCAGCGAGGAAGCUCAGUGGAGUACCCCAAUCAUACCUUCUGAGAGCCACUCAGGUAAAACGUACAUGUGCGUGAAGCAGGAAAAGAGCAACAAGCCGCUGGUGUUCUGCAUUUCCGUUGUUCCAAAGGGUGGAACCAAGUACUGUUCUAUCGCAUACCCGGAGUGCAACAAUGAAGGUUUCGUGCUCUGCAACCAGUGUCCUUACAUAAAGGCGGCUAUGGUGCGCACAUUCCACCAGGGCGGCGAUUCUGGAACGAAGGGCAAUGGAGUAUACUUCACGGCCAAAUAUGGGCAGACUGUACAUUUCGGGUGGCAGCAGCCGUUCUUGAACAAGACGCGCUUGUGCCAGGUUAUGCUCUGGUUGGACAAGAAUACUGUCGCCCCAAUUAAGCCUUUGGUGAUUAACAUUGGGUCGCCCGCCUUCCGCUACCGUCAGGUUGAGGUGACAACGCCAGAGUAUGCCAGCAAUCACGCGGUGCUCGUCUCCGCCGAGAACCGAGGUGACUACAUCGCCAUCGAUAUUAAGCCAUCGGGACAGUACUUGGAAGUUACGCGGACGUUGAACAACCACCGCGCCGAACACUCAAGUUCAAGCAGUAACCAAACUGAAUCCGGAUCGUUGUCGCGGUCUCGAAAUUCAGAGAACGGUGACAACACUCCCGACCACCGGCACACCGCAGAUCCUCGUGGUCCUUUGGAUUUGAACACCGAACUCCUGAAAAAUUCAGAGAGUGUUCUGGAAAGCAACGACUCGGAAUACGAUGUUGUUGCGGACACACGCAGCCUGCAGAUACAGGUGCAACUGUCCCAAAUCGGGUUGAGUUUGGUAUCGCAUAACCUACAUGAGGAGCUGUUCUUCCUAGAAAUGUCAACAGUGUCAUUCGUCUCUCUCUUCAAUGGCGACCAUCAGCGCCUGGAGCUGCGCAUUAGUGACAUACAGAUCGACAACCAAGCCGAGGAAAAGCAUGCGGAUGAGGAGCAAUGUUCCACUAUUCUUGUUAAUCGUCGCAAGACGUCCGGGCAAGAACAUCAACGGCACUUUUUGCAGAUUUACAUAGAUCGGCCUUUCGCAAGUUGUAAAGACUUGUGUCUAAAGAAGGUAUUUAUUGCUCUUGACGACCUCGAGGUGGACAUUUCGGAUGUUCUGCUUACCCGCGUCUACAACUUCUACAAGGAGUGCAUGAAGUGUAUGGGUAACUGGGGCCCUCAGGAAAAAAUUGAUCUGCGGACGAUUGAUUCGUGGGUGCAGAGGGAAUCGCUGGAGAAGCUAUCUUCAUUGGAGAAAAACCCUGUGCCUCCCCGCACCUUUGAUCUGGAGAAGUUGCACAUGCUCGGUGACCUUAUGCGCGUGGGACUGCGGAUUAUAUGUGUUUCGCGUCAUUUCGAGCUCAUGGGGGCGCCUCUGCAAUUCCAGCAGGAGUACUUCUGUAACUCGCGUGGUUCUGUACGUUCGUUCUACGAAGAGAUCAAAGACAAGUACGUCCAUGCUGCUUUGAGCUGCAUAGGGUCACUGCUAGGGUACAGUUCGCUGCUAAACAUCCCCAAGAUCCCCAUAAAUGUCGGUCGCAACACUCUCGAGUUCGCCGCGGAAGCUGUUGACAGCGUCAGCUCGGGCAUCGGAAGCUUGCUCUCCAAGUUCACCUUCGACAACGAGUACAUUAACAAGCGCCAGCGCGAUCGUAUGAACAAGCCGUCAGGCAACAUGCGUGACAGUAUCGUGUCGGCUGGCAAGAGCAUCGGUGAAGGAUUCAUGUCACUGACUAACAUCGUCACCAAGCCUAUUGAGGGAGCCCAAAAGGGUGGCAUGGGCGGAUUCAUCCGCGGCCUCGGCAAAGGCCUGGCUGGCUCCAUAGUGAAGCCCAUCGACAAAGUGGGACAGGCUGUGUCGCACGUGUCGCGAACGAUCAAGGUCAACAUGUCGCGCCAGUUGGAUGGGCAGCGCUGGUCCGCGGAGCCAUGCCGUUGGCCUCGCAUGCUAUGGGGAGAAUACUCUCAGCUGAAGCCUUACAGUUUGAGCGACGCAGAGAUAAAGCAGCAGCUUGGCCACAAGUUUUCAAAGCAUAUCGUCCACUGCGAGACCGUGUCGAAGCAGAGCCAUCCCCCAAGCCACAUUGCGCUCCUCUUCUAUCCGUCGAAGGUUUAUUAUGUUGACCUGAAGCCGAAGCCAACCAUAUUGUGGAAGGUGUCGAUCGCAGACAUUCAGGAGUGCCGCGCAUCUUGCUACGGCGUUAUCAUACGCGUCUCUGACACAACCCUUCAGGUGCCCUGCACCAACGCCGGGAUCGUCUACUCGAUCUUCGUCGCGCUGCAGAACGCAAAGCGCCAGUCGAAGUCAUCGAUUGUCAUCGGACCUGAGCUGUUCGAGUCGUACAAGUGA